AUCCAGCCUCCCAACCACAGAACUCACUCACGCACAUGCAAACAAAUAAAUAACUAUGGAGCCAGCUGAGGACUGAGCCACACCCAGGAGCCAAGACAGUAUUCCUUUGGAUUCUUCCUGCACUCAAGCUGCCCUCCCAGCUUCCAAACUGGGAGGAGCAGCCACCAGGCACGGGACACAGGAGCAGUCCCUUUCCACCCUCCCAAAGUGAAAGUGGAGACAGUCUUCGGAACCUCAAGCAUCUCACCACCUCUCGGCUUCCCCAUUUGAAAAUGAAGGAUUUGGACUAGAUAUCCCAAAUGGUUUCCCAGCUCUGGAAUGACUCCCUGGAGGCCAGGACUAUGACCUGAGGCCAGCUGGGGCCUCAGACAGAGGAAGGCCAGGUCGGGAGGAGGAUCUGUGCCACAGCUCACAUGAAGUCUCCGGGUUGCAAGUUAUCACUUAAGCCUGUUUCUGAGCUAUGGGGGCCUUACCUACUAAAGAAAUGGACUCCUAGAGGAAGAAGCACUGCCUGGAAAAAAUGCUCUCACCCUGAGAGCUCCCUGCGGCUGGGAGAAAAGCAGAGGGAACAGGGAGCACCUUCCCUGGCUGGCCACAGCACGAGGCUGUGUUCCAGGAAGAGCAAGAGCGGCUGCCAGGGAAGCCUCAGCCCCAAGCCCCGGCUCUUCCCCACCAGCUCUUCCCCACCAGCCGAGAAUGACAGCCAGCAACUGCAGCCCUCAGGGAGACCCCCGGCCCCAUCCCAGCACAACUCCAGCUCUCCUCUGACAGUGGUGAGGAAACUGAGGCCCAAGAAGUUAAGCAAUGCCCAAAGCCACACUGCAAGAGGAGAUGCUGGGGUAUGAACUCAGGUCUGCCCAGGCCUCAUUCCCACGUACACACCAGACUUCCUUCAGUCACUGCCCAAGUGACUGUCCACACACCAUCCAGGAGCAGCGUUCUGAGUGUAGAAGCCAAAGUCCGUGUGGACGAAUUUUGCUUGAGGGCUCCAGAAUCUGAACUGAUGCUCCGACUAUUGUUGCUGCCAAGUGUGUGACUAUGAGAGCCCAUGUCAGAGAGUGUGUGUGUGUGCUGAGGUGGAGGGAGGGUGAUCUGGAUUCCAAAUUGCAGUUUCCAACAUUAAAGUUAUGCUGUAAUGCUUCUGAUUCAUAAAA